AUGUCAGAAGAACAACGAUUAGAAAUCACCGAUCCAAAAUUAAUUCCUUUUAUUUCUACUCAAGGUAUUAGUAAAUUGCAAGUAUUAAAUAUUUUUGGAUGUAGAUUAUUAACAAAUGGAUUUGCUAGAUUACUAGCAUCAAGUAAUUUAAUGGAAUUAAUUUGCCUUGAUCUCGGACAAUGCGUACACAUUAAAGCUCCAUUUAUUUCACAAAUUGUUAAAAAUUGUAAAAGUUUAAAGUAUUUAGGUAUGCAAGGUAUGAGGUUAGAACCUUUUGUUGUUUUCGGUGAUGAAAUAAAAGCUUUUGGUGGUGAAAUUGUUUCUUUGAACGUUGAUCAAUUGGCUAUUGAUAUUAUUGAAAAUCUCUCGGAUUUAAGAAUUGAUGUUAGAAUGUGCUUUG